GUUGACGACUCGCGGGAAAGAAGGAAACCGAAGCGCGCUGAGGCGCUGGACGUGAGAGACUGAGCCUGUCGAGGGCGUUCCACUGUGAGAGAGGUCCGAGAAGGCUCGGACGGGGUGAGGUGCGCACCGCCUAUUCUUUCCGGAUGAUGGUAAGCAAGCAGUCAAACGGUGCAGCGAGACUCAGACAGCACUUCGCCGAAUCAACACUCAAUCACUCACAAUCACAAUCACGAUGAUGGAGUGCCUGCUGAUUUGGUGUGCCGUCUGUUUGGCUUGCGUGUGUGUGUGUGUGCAGGCCAGGUGGGGUGUGGUCCUCCUGGUCGCGUUCGGCACCACAUGCAUAGGCGCCGAGCCAAAGGCGUACGACCCCUAUAACCCCCAUCACGACCCCCUCCAUGACGUUCCCAUCGGUCGGUGGGUGGGCAAACACAAUCAAUCGUUCGUUCGUCUUCAUUCAUUUCCCUUUAUUCCUCAAUGCUGUGUCUGUCUGUCUGUGUGCGUGUCUGUCAGAGUAUCCGAGUGAGAACCAUCCGUGGUGGCCGCACCACGGCCCCAGUGACAACAAGGGGAAGGGCAAUGCCUGCCCCAAGGACUGGGACGUCGUCGGCCCCAACUGCCAGAAGACCAUCGAGUUCCCACCCAUACCCUCUUGCCCCGUCGGCGAGUUCGACGAGGGAUCAGGCUUCUGCAUCACGCAAGACGUCGUGGGCGCCCCCCUCAUUUGCCCAGAGAACUGCCGCCUGGUCAAACACAGCCCCACCGACCUCAAACCUACGUGCAUCUGCGUCGUUGGCCUGGGCGGCGGCAACGGGACGGACAACGGCCCGCCCAGGGGCGUGCCGAUGGAGUGCCCCUACAGCUACAUCAUGACCAGCAAGGGCGACUGCAAACCCGAGCACAAGGAUUAUGCUUACUCGGGGCAUGGCGACGGCCACGGUGACGGCCACGGUGGCGGGCAUGGCGACACUUCGGACGUGAGCAAGACAGCGAGACAGACAGACAGACAGACAGACAGGAGGCGGGAUGGCAUUUACUCACUCACUCACUCAUGGCUUCGUCCAUGUGUGUCACUCUUCUCUUCUGUGUGUGUCUGCUCGUGUGUGUAUUUGUCCAACAGCACGUGGAUGCGCAGUGUCCCACCGGCACGAUCUUCCUGCAGGGCCUGUGUCUGCCGAUCGAGGAAGUGCGGCCCAAGUCGGUCUGCCCCCCGGAAUACAACUUCCAAACGGCCCUCACCAACGACUUCGCAUUCCAUGGGCGGUCGUACCUUUUCUGUCUCGGCAUUCAGGAGUUCAUCCCCCUAAUCGAGUGCCCCAAGCCCUUCAUAGAGGUCAACUUCCCGGACCUCGGCGACCUUAAGCCCGGUGACCCCGUGCCCAGGGCGCCGGCGGGAGCAGGCGGCGGCCUCACCGAGGAGCUCUUGGAGGCCCUGCCACCAGAAAUCAGAGAGCAGAUCCCCCCAGAACUCAUCGCGAACCCCACACCCGAGGGCUUCGCUGCCCUCCCGCCAGAGGUGCAGCAGGCGCUGCAAGAGGCGCUUGCCCAAGUACAAGGUGAGGGGACUACCCCACCACCUGAGGCCGGCGAGGGCCUGCUCGGCCCUCCUGCUGAUGGGGAGCCCAUUCAGAUCCCCCCUGAGGUGCUCGCGCAGAUCCCCGCCUCCGUCAUCCAGCAGGUGCCGCCAGAGGUCCUGGCCGACCCCACCCCCGAGAACCUCGCCACCCUUGACCCCGAGCUCAUCGCUCAGCUGCCAGAAGACCUACAGACCCUCCUGGCCCAGGUCACCAGCAACCAGAACGCCACCGAAGCAGGCGGCGCCGAGGGGGCAUCUGGUGGCGCAGACGCCACACCCGGCGGCGUCCUUCCCUCCCUCUUUAUGCGACAAGUGGGCGGUGGUGGUGGUGGCGGUGGUGGUGAUGGUGACGGCGGAUCUGAAUUUUUGACCCCCGCCCCCGGCCUGGACCCUCUGUUGGCUGGUGAGAUCAACUCAGACGACUACGACGGCCGAUUCGGCUAUCCAGAGGGGAGGAGGCUGCCAAAGCCACAGCAGGACUUCAUGGCGCUUCAGGGAGGCCACGGGCAGCUGUCAGGGCGGUUCCAGGGCGUCCAGCAACGGAUGCCCUACUCAGGCCCCCGACGACUGCAGGAGGAGGAGGCUGUGGCCGGCAGCCCACCGGGCGUCGCCAACCCGAUUCCACCAGAGGGACAGAUUCCCGCUGCAGGGGGGGAGGAAGAGGUGACGCCUGAGGGCACUGCCGAGGGCGGCCCCGCUGAAGCUGCUGAAGGCAUUGAUGAGGCAGCAGGGGAGGCGGAAGAAGGGGCCGACGCGGCUGCUGAGGGGGGCGGCGGUGGCGCGGAGCCGGCCCAGGAUGGAGGAGAGGAUGGUGAGGAUGGUGAAGAGGCGGCCGGUCCCUCUUGUCAGCUGACGAUCUCGGUGCCGGCGACCUACUGCAGCCCACAUGGUCACUGCAAGGGCAAGUACAUCAGCAAGCUCAAGAAACAGUUCAGAAUCAUUGGCGAGGAGAUCGGCAUCGGGGAAGAGUUCGCCAGGAUCCUUCAAGUAUAAGACAUGCAUGACCAUGACAUGGAUUGCUGUGUAUGGGUGAGGCUGGGUAUGGUAGAUAGUCUUAAGGAGGUACAUAGCUAG